AAGAGAAAAUAGUAUGUGAGGUUAAUAUCCAUUAUCCAAUUGGAGAUGGCGAAAAACACGGUGGCUCACGAGGUAUCACCGCUUAGGCUACUCCAAGAGAGCAAAGCCUCCGUGGAAGAAAUCGUCGCGAGGAUGCUCUCCAUCAAAAAGCAAGGAAACCCCAAAUCCGAGAACCGAGAGCUCCUCACUCAGAUGUUUCUCAACUUCAUCAAUCUGCGUCAGGCGAAUCGUGCGAUUCUGAUGGAAGAAGAGAAUGUGAAAGCAGAGACGGAGUUAGCAAAAUCUCCGGUGGAUUUCACGGCGUUGCAGCUUCACAAUCUGAUGUAUGAGAAGAGCCAUUACGUAAAAGCAACAAAAGCUUCCAGAGAAUUCAAAUCCAAGUAUCCAAACAUCGAUCUCAUAUCCGAACAAGACUUCCUCAGAGACGCUCCCGAAGCAAUCAAGUCUCAAACUUUAUCAAACGAUAGUUCCCAUGAUUUGAUGCUUAAAAGACUCAAUUUUGAGCUCCAUCAGCGGAAAGAACUUUGCAAGCUUCGAUCUAAGUUGGAACAGCACAAGAAGUGUUUGAUGGAAACUAACGCAGAACGUAACAACUUUCUGUCAAGUCUUCCUUUGCACCUUAAAUCUUUAAAGAAAGCGUCUUUGCCAGUACAGAGCCAAUUGAGUUUGCAGGAUCCGAAGAAGAUAAAGUAUCAUAAUCUAGCUGAGCUUCUUCCUCCACCGCUUUACGUGAUAUACUCGCAGUUUAUGGCACAGAAGGAAGCUUUUGGAGAGAAUAUCGAUCUCGAGGUAUCUGGGAGCCUUAAGGAUGCUCAAAGUUAUGCUCGAGAGCAAGCAGAAUGGAACUCGGGAGAGAGUACAAGAUUGGAGGAGGAUGAUGAUGGAAAAAGGCAAAGGAAGCGACCCAAGAAAGAGGGUUCUAAAGAUGCUGGACUAUAUCAAGUCCAUCCUCUCAAAAUCGUUCUUCAUGUUUAUGAUGAUGAGACUCCAGAUCGGAAAUCUCAUAAACUUGUCGUGCUCAAGUUUGAGUACUUGUUGAAGUUGAAUGUUGUAUGUGUUGGCACUGAAGAGUCUCAUGAUGGACCUGAGAAAAAUGUCCUAUGCAACUUAUUUCAAGAUGAUGCAGGACUUGAGCCUCCUCAUCAGUCAGCUAAGCUCAUUCUUGGCGAUGGUCAUGCAUUUGAUGAGAGCAGAACAUCGAGGCCAUAUAAGUGGGCACAACGUUUAGCAGGGAUUGAGGUUUUACCUGAAAUGUCACUGUUUUUAACCGACAAGAAUACUCAAAACAGUGAUACAGCAUCUGCUUAUGAUCAGUGCAAUGUGCAAACAGUUCUGCGAAGAGUACGGUCUCGGAAAAAGCCUAAGCUAACUCUUGUGUGAGCUAGUGAAAAGUGACCGUUUUUUAUUUUUGUAAGCCAGUUAAUUUUAUUGGUAUCCGAUUUUGAAGACUUCUAUUGUAUUUGCCAAUACUUCACAAAGUCAUUUUGUAAUGCGACAACGAGAAGAAACAAUCUAAAUGAUAUUCAAAGUUUUGUA